AUGGCUCUAGCUGCACAACAAUCAUUAUUAGAUGAAUUAAUGGGUAAAGGUCGUAAUGCAGCAAAAGGUGAAAAAGUUCAAAAACUUCGUUUUGAUGAUCCAAAUGUUUGUAAAUAUAUGCUUGUUGAUUUCUGUCCACAUGAUUUAUUUGCCAAUACUCGACAAGAUUUAGGAGCCUGUGAUAAAAUUCAUGAUUUUAGUCUUCGACAAGAUUAUGAAAACAGUUCGCGUUAUGGAAAACUUGGUUAUGAAGAUGAAUAUGAACGUUAUUUUAAAUCGUUACUGUCUGAUGUUGAACGACGUAUUAAACGUGGACAAGAACGUCUUCGUAUAACUCAGGGUGAUCCAAAUGCUGAAAAUGAUCCACAUAGUCUUAAGAAUGAAACUAUAACUAAAAUUAAAGAGCUUGAAGAAAAAAUUACAACGCAUGUAUUAAAAUCUGAAUGUUUGGGAAAUGAUUGUCGAAUUGAUGAAGCUCAACAAGUAUUAAAUGAAUGUGAAGAAAUGCGAGAAGAAAAGAAAAAACUUGAAUUACAAUUAGCUGAAGAACAGGCUAAUGCAAAUAUGAAUAAAGCAAUGGAAGUAUGUACCGUUUGUGGUUCAUUUCUAAUUAUUGGCGAUAUACAAAGUCGUCUGGAUGAGCAUAAUAGUGGAAAACAACAUGCUGGUUAUGCAAAAAUUAAAGCAUCACUUGAAGAAAUAAUUCAACGUAAAAAUCAAAUGGUUGAAAAAGAACGAACUCGGACUACAGAAAAACAAGAAACUUCAAAUCGAAAACGAGAUCGAUCUAAAUCAAAAGAUGAAAAAUCUAAACGACAUCAUUCACUAUCAUCAAAUCAUCAGCAUCAUCGUGAUAGAAAUACAAAACAAAGAGAGUCAUCAAGAGAAAAAACUGAUCAUCAUCAUCAUCACCAUCAUCACCAUCGAUCAUCUUCUCGGCAUGAAAAUCAUUCUUCAUCAAAAGAACGUCAUUCUUCACCAUCGAUAAAUCAUCGUCAUCAUCGACGAUAA